UUUCAACCUUGAAAUUGUAUAAUCCAAUAAUAAUAAUAUAAAGAUUGUGAAUGCAGAUAUUUAAUACUAUAAUAAUGAAGUACUACUUUGGUAGUUGUAUUUGGUGUUAAUACAGUAACCAUGUAAAUGAGUGGGAAGAAUUGAAGAACUGUAAUUCUUGACUUAUCGAGUUAAAUAAAACAUUAUGGCGUUAGUAGAAGGAUUUGGAGAUGAAGUUAUUCAGUUUUUUGGUAUACUCUUUGUUGUUGUUCUAAUUGUAUUGCUAUGGAUGUCUACACAAGUGGCAGAAAUGCAAAUAUUCCGUGGUGCUGUUUUCAUUUUGGAAAGGCGUACAAGAAGACGACAUCAUGAUGCUAAUAGGACUACACCUAUUUAUGAAAUAAAUUACUUAGGCGAACAACCGGCAACUGAAACUGUUCCAUCAAAUGAUGUGAAUCAAACAAAUUCAACUAUAAGUAAUGAUAAUCCAGUUGCWGAAAAAAGUGAUGAAACAAAAACUGAACAGUGUAAUGAAUCUAGUCAAAGCAAUGAUACCAAUGAUAUUGAUAAUGAACCACAGAUAUAUGAAGAUUCUAUAAGRAUACGACUCAAGUAUUUGAAUGACAAUUGUCGUUUAGUUCAAGGCAGGCUGCAGGAAACUAUUGGAGUUUUCAAAAGGAGACAUUUUAGCAAUGAGCUUACAUCCAAUAAAAUUAUUCGUUUGAUAUUCCAAGGAAAGGUAUUACAUGAUGAUGAAGCAUCACUGAGUAGUUGUGGUCUUCAUGAUAAUUGUGUUGUACACUGUCUUAUACAUCAGCCACGUCCUACAGCUAAUACUCAGCAAACCCCUGAUCCUGUAAACCAUAAUACUGCUGAACAKCCAAUACCAAAUGCAAUACGUCAUGGCCAACGUCAACCUGGACCAGUUCAACGUGAAUGGAACUUGGCAACAUUGUUAUCUGCUUUGAUCACAAUAAUAAUAUCAUUACUUUGGUAUGCUAGAAUCCAGUUCUACUCAUUUUUCUCAUAUACAUCUACAGGGACACUGGGGAUAUUGACUGGAAUUUUUUUGUUCACUGCCUUUCUCACUUAUUUGGUGGACAGUGAAGAACAACAACAUCAUCGACCACAAACUGGACAUUAAUAUGUUAUUAUGCUAUAUUUCAGUAUAUACAAUCAAAGUAAGCACAAAUGUGGGUCUCAAAAUAUAUUAAAAUGUAUGUAAUAAAAUUAUGUAACUACAUAGUUUCUAAUUUAUACAGCAAAUAUUUUGUUUUUAUUUAUUAUAUCCAAAACACUAUAUAUUAUUGUUGAAUAACUGAACUAUUACUCUAUAAAAKCUAGUUGUAUAUGUUAUUUUUUUWUUUAUUUAGGAAUUACUAACAACAAAUUUGUUAUGUAUGAAUCCUGUGUUUUUCAACUUAAAAGUGCAUAAAAAAAACUUAUGAAAUAGAAAUAUAAAAAAAUUUUGGACUAAA